CAGAUAGCGUUGCAGCCCAGGAGUGCUGUGAGAUGUCCAGGCUCCUCCCUCUGCUCGCCAUGUUUUUUUUUCAUCCUUUAUAACACCUUCUCCCUCCCUCCUGGGCUGUCAAUUUUCAGUAGCAAACCAAAGGUCUCCUGGAGCUUUCCAAAAUCUACCUCAGGUCUAAUGGAAAGUCAUAUCCCGUACGAGCACAGCAAGCUGACAUUCUCUCUCUGGGAUUAUGGUGUCUUUGCAGCAAUGCUGUUUGGAUCCACAAGCAUUGGACUGUUCUAUGCUCUGUCCCGUAGAGGGCAACAAACCUCUGAUGACUUUUUCACUGGAGGCAGGAGUAUGUCAGCUGUCCCAGUAGGUUUAUCGCUUGCUGCUAGCUUUAUGUCUGCAGUGCAAGUGCUUGGAGUUCCAGCCGAAACCUAUCGAUAUGGUGCCAAGUUCCUGCAGAUGUGCCUUGGCCAGAUUUUAAGCAGCCUAAUUACAGCCUACCUCUUUAUGCCAGUGUUCUACAGACUUGGGAUCACCAGCAUCUACCAAUAUUUGGCGAUGAGGUUUUCAAGAAGUGUUCAGCUCUGUGGCACUAUCCAGUUCCUUGUGGGCACUACGUUAUACACUGGAAUUGUGAUCUAUGCCCCUGCACUAAUUCUUAACCAAGUAACCGGGCUGGAUAUUUGGGCAGCUCUGAUUUCAACUGGAGCAAUAUGUACCUUGUAUACAUCACUAGGUGGUAUGAAAGCUGUGAUCUGGACAGAUGUGUUUCAGGUGCUGGUUAUGAUUGCGGGAUUCUUUGCAAUAGCUAUUCGCGGUACCUUGCUAGUGGGCGGAGCUACUGAAGUAAUGAAUAUUGCAAGAAACUAUUCCAGGAUUAAUUUUGGGGACUUUGACCCAGAUCCUCGAAGACGCUAUACUUUCUGGACCUUUAUAUGUGGAAGCACAUUCCUGUGGCUGUCAAUGUAUGGAGUUCAUCAAGCACAAGUUCAGCGCUACAUAUCCUGUAAGACGGAGAUUCAAGCAAAACUAGCCAUUCUGGUAAAUCAAGUGGGUCUUUGCGUCAUUGUGUCAAGUGCGGUCACCUGUGGAAUCGUAAUGUUUUCAUAUUACAUAAACUGUGACCCUCUACUGGCUGGCUAUGUCUCUGCUCCUGACCAGUACAUUCCAUUCAUGGUGCUGGAAAUAUUUGAACAUUAUCCUGGAAUUCCUGGUCUUUUUCUUGCUUGUGCAUACAGUGGAACACUUAGCACAGCAUCUACAAGCAUCAACGCUAUGGCUGCAGUAACAGUUGAGGAUCUCAUUAAGCCACAUAAGGCAGACAUUUCAAUAAAAAAACUAACAUACAUUUCAAAGGGACUUUCUCUCAUUUAUGGAUGUGCAUGCAUUACAGUAGCAGCCUUGUCAUCACUGCUUGGUGGUGGCGUUCUACAGGGCUCCUUUACAAUAAUGGGAGUAAUCAAUGGCCCAAUCCUUGGAGUUUUUAUCUUAGGAAUAUUCACUAGUUCAUGUAACACUGUGGGUGCAUUCUCAGGGCUUGCUGUGGGAUUUAGUUUAUCUCUUUGGGUGGCAGUUGGUGGUACACUCUACCCCCCAUCGCCAGAGAUGAUGGGAGUUCUGCCCAUCUAUGCUGAACACUGUCCUCUUUACAACUCUAGUGAUGGGAUCAUCUAUGGCUGUCCUCCUCCAAGAAACAUUACUAUUGCUCUAGACAGGCCAACUAUUGCGGAUGAAUUCUACUCUUUAUCCUAUCUUUACUAUGGGGCAUUCGGCACUCUAAGCACAAUUGUAAUUGGAGCUAUAAUCAGUCAACUGACAGGACCCACCAAAAGAGAAACACUAGCUCAUGGUUUGCUAUGGUGGGAUUCGGUAUGGGACAACUUAAAAUCAGAGGAGAAACAAAAAGCUGAGAAGGAUUUUCUAGCAGAAGAUAAGAUCAAUUUAGAUUCUACAUUUAAAAAAAAAACACAAGUUCCCACAUUCAGAAUAUAAUGGCUAUAUGCUGAAUCCAGAGAAUACAGACAAAGACCCAAAUCAUCUUUCCAAGACUUGCCCUACAUUUUGGACCAUGAACAGAGUGGACAGAGAAUCUUGUUUAUAAGUUAUAUAUGUUUAUAAUCUUCUGCAAAUAUAUGUAGUCUAGGUUGAUCCUCAAUGUAUAUAGUAUAAUUAAGACUUAUAAAUAAGUCCUUUCUAAAAAAAAAAAAUUAUAAACAUGAUUUUUUUAUGUUGUGA